AUGGUGCUCCUUCAAACCAUCUUUGAGGUCCUCACGACCAAGAUUUUCAUUAUUCUGCCUGCUAUUUGUGCUCUAUUGUUAAGCUAUUAUGGCUUGAACAAUGCCUUUCGUCUCAUUCACCUCGCCAAGAUCCCCCUGGCCGAGAAGAUCAGUCGAGAAAAACAGCAUCAAGCAUUCCUCACCAAUGCCAGAGCCCUGGCUAUCCAGAGAUACUCCCAGUUCAAAAACCGAGUCUACCGCAUCUUCACCUAUCGCCGUUACCCCAUAAUCGUCCUCCCCCUGUCCGAACUCAAAUUCCUUCGUACCCUCCCUGAUACCGUCCUCUCCUUCGACGAUGCCAUCGCUGAAGAUCUCUACGCACGCUACACUGGCAUGGUGGUCGGCCACCACAUUAUUCAACACUCGGUAAAAACACGUUUGACCCCCUCUUUACCUCGUUUGAACCCCCUGAUCGCAAUGGAAGUAGCCGACGCGCUGGAGAAGGAGUUAGCGACCAACGUCUUCUUCGACCUCGCGGCCAACCCCCACCACCUCCCGACCCUCCGGUCCGAAAUCCAGUCAGUCCUUGCCUGCCAUAACAACGAAUACACCACACAAGCCCUUCAGUCUCUCAAAAACCUCGACUCUCUCCUUAAAGAAUCGUCACGCCUGCACCCGCCCGGCAUCGGCGCCUUCACCCGCAAAGUCCUGACCCCCUUCACCCUCCCCUCAGGCCAAACCAUCCCCUCGGGCGUGUUCAUCGAAGUCCCUCAGUAUGCUACCAACCGUGACCCGGAGAUCUUCCCUAAUCCGGAUGAGUUUGAUCCGUGGCGGUUUGCACGCGAGAGGGAGAAGGCUAGGGAGAAAGGAUUGGCUGAAGAGGCGGCGCAGAACCAGUUUGUGAGUGUCAGUCCGCAUGGGUUGACGUUUGGGUAUGGUAGGCAUGCGUGUCCUGGUAGGUUUUUUGCCGCGAAUGAGAUCAAAAUGAUUGUGGCGCAGGUGGUGAUGGGGUGGGAGUUAAAGAUGCCGGAUGGGGUGCAGGGGAGAUGGGAGGAUCUUUGUUUGGGGGCGGGGAUUGUGCCUGACCCGACAAAGUCGAUUUUGAUGAAGAGGUUUCGGGCCUGA